AAGCUCAACUCUAAACUUCCAGAUUCCCACAGCAAGGCUUCUUGAUGGUGAUGAGAUUCACCCUCUUUCUGUGAAGUUUCCAAAAGGCAGAGUCAUCACAGGCUCUAAAACUGGAAUUAAUUAUGAGCUCAUCUGCCACGUCAGUUUCAAAUCAUCUAAACCUGUGUCAUUUUUCACCAAUCUUCUUUUCCAUGAUGAUAGAGAUAACUGGUUUUCACUUCCAGUUACUGCAACAGCAGAAAACUGCAUUCUUACUAUAUACCCAUAUAUAGCAAUUCAUCCGGAUAAGCAAAAAUUUAUUUUAAAGAAUGAUACAGACAGAAGUCCUGUGAAGACUAGAGACAAUGUUUUACUUCCCCCCCAGGAUGCUUCAGUGAGAAAGGCAUCCACCACUACUAAAUUUAAUGAUGCUGAACUUGCAAGAGGAAACUUAUUUGUUGGAAUGGAAAUAAUACAUGAAAAUUUGAACUCAGAUGAAAGUAAAACGUCCAAGAAAGAUGAUCAAUCUAUGGAAAACAAAGAGAAGAAUGAACAAUUAUUUUAUCCUGAAAAAGGAACAAAGGCAUAUAAUUUCUUUCAGAAGGUUGUAAAUGCAGUUCAGACCUGGUUCAGUCUCUUCGGCUGGUCUGAAGGACCCCAUAACCUUUCUAUUCCAGAGACUGUAAGGUGACAGGAUGUAUAUAAAAUACAAUUCUUCUCAUCAUCCUCAUCACCCAAAAAAUUUUACAGACAGAAUGACUGUUCCAAAUUCAAUAAGAAAAUUUAUGAUGUGCUGCACCACUUGAGUGGAAAACUGCUACCUGGAUUUAAUUCAAGUCAGUCUUUACCUGUGGAUAACACUGAAAGGGUGAUUCAACUUCAUUUGCAACACUCCUCACUUUUGGACUUUCUCAAUACUCAAGGAGGAUGUAUUUCUCAUGUGCUGCCAGAAUUUCUUCUUGAACCUGAAGACUAUAAGAAGUGGAUUGAAAUUACGUCUUCCACUAAAACCAGCCCUGUGAGUUCCUGUACACCUAAGGAAAAGUGUUCUGUUGUUAUAGAGAUGACUAAGUUUGAAGCCUGCAGUAAAAGGGCAUGGACAGAUGUAUUCCUUCAGAUAUACAAGGUUUUGGUCCUAUCCCGGGUUGUUCCACAUUGCAGAAAGAAUAUGCCCCACAUACAUGUGCAAAAUACACCAAAAGUCAAUCCUCGUUUUGUAUCCAGCAACAUGUAUUCUAAAUCUGAAAGGAUUCUGCUUAGUUGGAUGAACACAAAUUAUGAGAAUACUCGACAUAUUAUAUGGGGAAACUGUCAAAAAGGUGCUAUUCCCUGUGAGAGAUGGAUAGUAAAUUUUGACAAAGACCUAUUAGAUGGCCUUGUUUUUGCAACACAGUUGGGAGCUUAUUGCCCGUUUUUGAUAGAGUCUCAUUUUGUAAAUAUGUACACACAACCAAAAAGUCCUGAACAGUAUCUCCACAAUUCCCUGAUUAUUGUAAAUAGUCUUCGUGAAAUUGGUUUCAACAUGGGCAUACAGGCUACUGAUAUCUGUGAUGCAAAUCCAAUCUUGAUGCUUAUGCUAUGUGUCUACAUGUAUGAAAGGCUCCCUACAUACCUCCCCAAGAAGGUGGUGCCCUUUCAUUGUACUCUACAUGACACUGUGCUGAGACAGAUUCUACUGAAAAAUUCAAGCUUGAAAAACUUAGUGUAUAACGCUACAAUUGUUGGAAGAGAUGCCGCUGACUUCUCCCUUUCCCAGACAGGGAGUGUUGUGACAAUUUCUCCAAAUGCUGAUGGGAUUAGCAGUGGAUGUGAUACAGCUCAAGGCUAUGCCCUUACCUCAAAUGCCUUCAAAACCUCCAUUAAGUCCAAUUUCGUCAAAGAGUUCUUCUGCUCUGCACGUACUGUUCACCUGGGAGUGAAAGGAAGUUCAAGCCUAAAGCUCUACUUUCUUCCCUUUAACAUGCACAUGCGCUACUGUGUCAUCAUCCUGAGCAACAAAAAGAUUGGAGAAUUUAUAUACGUUGUGGAAGGAAAAGGUCUGAUCCCCUUGCCAUCCAGUUUCCUUCCAAUGAAUUCUUCGACUCCAAUUGAAUACAGCACUACUCCAGAAGGAGUGUUGAAUAAGGAAGAUCCAGUUCUGUAUUUGACAUGUAAACCCCAUCAAACCCUGGAAGUGGACCUUAAAUUGCCAGUAACUAAUGAAGCCAAAGAAAAAGCUUUGGCUUUUGCAGCGCAGCAACAGAUGUCAAAUACUGAGUAUGAACGAAGGUUGAUCACAGGCACUCUGGAGAGCAGUAGUAUCCGUGUGGCCAUCGCCCUCCUGGGACUGACCGAAAUCGAGAUCUCAAAUUUGAAGAAGCCUAAGUCCAUUUUAUAUACAACGGAAGUGAGCCUUCCAGAUCACUUCAGUAUCCCCAAGAUAAUCUAUAUUCCUCAGAUCCCAGAAACUGAAGCAGAAUUGACUCCCUAUCAAGGAAUUAAACCUGCAGACAACACAGACCUGUCUUUGUUAAAGAGUAGUUAUCUGAAAAGGCAAGAAGUGCACUUUGAGGAAGGUGAGCUCUUCUUGAAAGUAAACUUGGUUAUAGAAGUUGUAAUUGAGCUGAGGCUCAGACUGAGUCUAAAGAAUAGGAGGGAUGUUGACGGCUAG